AUGGCGGCGUCGGUAACAGACAGAACGCCGCAUCUGGGUGUCUCGCAGCCCAUCUCAACAUUGAGGCCGGAUCAAAAGGAUAUAGUUAUGACGGAUCAAUUGAUUGCAACUUUGAAAAAGUUCAACAGUUAUGAACCGAAAGAGGAAACGGAGAAAAGGAUGGAAGUACUUCGCAGUUUGAACCGUCUCGUCAAAGAAUGGGUGAAGAAAGUAACCGCAAUCAAGAUACCGAGUGGCGAAGGAGCGAAUGCUGGUGGUAAACUGUUCACUUUCGGUUCAUAUCGUCUGGGAGUACACAGUUCUGGUGCUGAUAUCGAUACGCUCGCAGUUGUUCCACGCCACAUUGAUCGCACAGAUUUUUUCACUUCCUUCAAAGAAAUGCUGCGCCAAGACCCAAAUGUGACGGAGUUGCAUGGUGUUGAAGAGGCUUUCGUGCCAGUAAUGAAGUUAAAAUACUCCGGCGUUGAGCUUGAUAUUUUGUUCGCGCGACUCGCUCUUAAAGAAGUUCCGGACACUCAAGAUCUUUUCGAUGAUCAGCUUCUCAGAAACUUGGAUCAGGAAAGUGUCAGAUCUCUGAACGGAUGUCGCGUCGCCGAACUGUUGCUAAAACUUGUUCCCCGCCAGAAAGAAUUUUGCAUAGCGCUUCGAGCCAUCAAACUCUGGGCAAAGAAUCACGGAAUUUAUUCAAAUUCAAUGGGUUUUUUUGGAGGUAUUAGCUGGGCUAUUCUUGUUGCCCGAGCUUGCCAGUUAUAUCCUAAUGCAAGUGCAUCUCGAAUCGUUCACCGAAUGUUCUUCAUUUUCUCCACAUGGACUUGGCCACAUCCAGUUCUUCUAAGCGCACUAGAUCAAGACAGAAAUGACAUUCCCACGCUUUGUGAUUUGAUUUGGGAUCCUCGUAAGAAAAACUCUGAUAGAUUUCACUUGAUGCCCAUAAUCACUCCGGCCUUUCCGGAACAGAAUUCCACACACAACGUUACACGAUCCACUUGUCACAUCAUCAGAAACGAAAUUUGUGAAGGGUUGGAAAUCUGCAAAGAUAUCACAGAGGGAAAGGCUACGUGGGAGGACCUAUUCAAGGAGGUCAAAUUCUUCAGCCGGUACAAGCAUUAUAUUGGUAUGUUUUUUUUUCUGAAUUGUGAUCACAAUUUAUCAGCUUAUUUAAGCUCUGAUCAUGGCUACAUCCACAGAAGAAGAGGAAUUGAACUAUGGCGGUUUCUCGAGUCUCGUAUUCGACUCCUCGUGCAAAGUCUCGAGCGUAACCAAGACAUUCUCAUUGCUCACAACGACACCAACAAACACAGACCAUCACCGAACGCUAAGUUUGAUGUGAGACCAGAAAACACCAGAAUUACCAUUUGGUUCAUCGGACUCGAAUUUGCUGAACACGCCACGAAUCUUGAUUUGACAUCUGAGAUUCAACGAUUCAGAACAAACGUGGAGUUGCAAGCUAGUGGUGUGAAGGGCAUCGGACCAAACUCCCAAGUAGAGAUUGACAUGUUCUACAUGAAGAGGACCAGAUUGUUCAGUAUUAUCGGUGCUGCUGCUCUCAAAAAAGGUCGUGAUUGGAAACCGCCGAAAAAUCCCCCACCACCGAUGGGCCAAGUGCCUUAUAGAACAACUGUUGCGAGAACUUCCAGUACUAAUUCGGUCCCAACGACGCCAACGACUCUAGUUGCUCCGAGCACACCGCUCUCUGAGGCAAUGCCUUCUUCCGAGCCUGAUUCAACAACGAAUAACGGAACCCCUGUGAGCCGCAAACGUCUUGUUCAAGAAGCAACAUCGACUUCGGAAACAGUGACUACUUCCACCUUAGAAGAUGUUCCACCAGAGAAGAGAACCCGUGAUGACACUCUCGAAGAGCCAAUUCUUGAGAUGGUGGUGGAGGUAGCAAAUGGAGUCGUCGAAGAGAGUAGAGAAGUCGAAUUGGACAAGGAUAACGGACACUUGAAUGGGAGCAAUGGGUUGGAGGCUAGUGAGAAACAUAUGGAGGUGCCACAAAGUGUUUGA